CAACAACAACAACAACAACAAAAACAACACCGAAAUCAUCAUCAACAUCAAUGUUUGUCAUAAAAAAUUAUUUUCUAUCAGCCAUUUGGUGUUGGCUCAAACAAUUUCAUGCAAUCGGAAUAUUUUUUGCAUUAUGUUCAGUACUAUUUUGGUCAUUCAAUGGUUUAUCAUAUAAAUUAAAUCCACAUUUACAUGCAUUAGAGAUAUUGAUGAUAAGCUCAUUAUUUGUAUCGAUUACAUACCUGGGAUUUAUGUUUGCAUUUUAUGGUGUGAGAUAUCGAACAAAACAAACGAACAAUAAUCAUAAUAACAAUUGGACCAAAUCGAGUCGAAUUGAACCAUUUGAUUGGUCAUUACUAUUUGGUGUACCCGGUGAACGAAUCAGUUUGAUUAUGAGAUGUCUUUGCGGUACAAUUUCAUUGGCAUGUUUUUAUUCAUCAUAUCGUUAUAUACCACUUGGCGAUGCAACCACCAUACGUUUUACAUCGCCGGUUUUUAUUGCAAUAUUUGCACAUUUUAUCGUUAAUGAACCAUUUGGAUUGUUACAAAUUGUCAACGCAUUGACAACAUUAAUCGGUGUCAUUUUGAUUGGCCGUCCUAGUUUUAUAUUUGGUGGCAAAACAUUAUCAUUAAAUCGCGAAGCAGAAUUGACAUUCGAACUAAAUGAUACAUUACCAAUAUGGCCAAUAGAAAAAAGAGAUUUAUUACAACAUAAUCGAUCCAGCGGUUUUGAUCAUUUGAAUGUCAUCAGUAGUUUAUUCACUUCGGAUCCAUUAACAUUGCCAGAAGAAUUGAAUGAUGUUGUAACAUCAACUAUGUCUACACAACAUUUACAUUCAUCAACAUCAACACUAUCAUUAAUCAAUGAUUGGUCAUCAACGUUGUUUGGUGUAUUCUUAUCAUUAAUUGCUGCCAUAUCGAUCUCAAUAUCAAUGAUUUUUAUGAGAAAAAUACGUAAAACGCCACCACCAUUGGUUAUAUUUUGGUUUUCAUUAUCCAAUGUGAUAUUGGGUGCUGUUGGUCUUUGGAUUAUCGAUGAAUAUCGCAUGCCAAUCGGUUUCGAAUGUUGGCUAUUAAUAAUAAUGACAACUUUUUGCACUGGUUUAGAUCAAUUUUUCAUCACAUUGGCAUUAAAAAUGGAAAAUGCUGGUGCCGUUGCCGUUAUACAGGCAUUAUGUGUUGUAUUAAGUUUCAUAUUUUCCAUACUAAUUCUACAUGAACCAUUAUAUUGGACAUCAGCAUUGGGUGGUACAUUCAUAUUUUUUUCAGUUUUAGUUUUGGGUUUUUCAAAAUUAUUACAAGAAACCACUUAUUCUGGUAUUAAAUCAACAAUAUUUGCCAUCAAUAUAUUGCAUUCAAAUUCGAAAAAAUUUAAUCUAGAUGAUACAUAUCGAAAAUUAUCCACGACAACAUUAUCAACAACAUCAUCAUCAUCACAAAGAUCAUCAAAUAGUUUCGGUGAUGGCAUGAAUAAUAAUAAUAUAAACAAUUCGAAUCAUUGCUCAUCAUUCCGUCGCUAUUCACAACAAUCGUUACAUUACCAUCAUCAUCAUCAUCAUCAAUCAUUUAAUGAACCAUAUUUAUUACGUGUUGCACCGAUUCUUGGUGAUAAACCACCAUCAUCAUCAUCAUCAUCAUGUGGUAUCUGUAUUCAAAAUACUGAUCAUUAACAAUAUCUAAUCUGCCAAUCCCGAUAAAAGAAUCUCUAAAGAUCUCCAGAAUCUUGAA